GCGCUGCCCCGCGCUGCCCCCGCGAUGCCUCCCGCUGCCCUCGCGUCCCGGCCCGGCGCCGCCGCCGCGUCCCGGUGAGGUUUUCCCCCCCGGUGAGGCGAUGCUGCGGCGGCUGCUGGAGCGGCCGUGCUCGCUGGCGCUGCUGGUCGGCUGCCAGUUCGCCUUCGUCGCCUACUUCUCGCUCGGCGGGUUUCGCAACCUCACGGCGCUUUUCGGCCGCGGGGCCGGGCCCAGCUUCGAUUAUUCCCGCACCCGCGACGUCUACGAGAACCUGAGCCGGCUCCUACCCCCCCGGCCCCCGCCGCCAAACCCCGCCAGACCCCUCCCGUACUGCCCCGAGAGAUCGCCCUUCCUCGUGGGUCCCCUGACGGUGACCUUCGCCCGGGUGCCAUCGCUGGAGCUCAUCCAGGCCAAGAACCCGGGGGUGGGGCCGGGGGGUCGGUACCGACCCCCCCUGUGCGAGGCCCGGUCCCGCACGGCCGUCAUCGUCCCCCACCGCAACCGGGAGAGCCACCUGGGCCACCUCCUCUACUACCUGCACCCCUUCCUGCAGCGCCAGCAGCUCCACUACGGCAUCUACGUCGUGCACCAGGCCGGGACUUGUGUGUGCAACAGGGUGGAGAUGCUGAAUGUGGGGGUGAAGAGGGGGCUCAAGGGGGUUUGGGAGGCCCCAGAGGGGCUUGGGGAG